AUGGACAACAACCAGGGAGGCGGUAGUGGAAACACGUCCAGCGACUUUGUUCGCAAGUUGUACAAGAUGUUGGAGAGCCCACAAGACGAGAGCGUAGUACGAUGGGGCAACGAAGGUGAUAGUUUUGUCGUCCUCGAAGUGCGCAUACCGAAUCCCUCCACGCGUCUAGGCUUCGCUAACCAGAUGGCCUGCAGANACGAGAAAUUCACAAAGCACAUCCUGCCCAAGCACUUCAAACACAGCAAUUUUGCCAGUUUCGUGCGUCAGCUCAACAAAUAUGAUUUUCACAAAGUCCGACAUAACAACGAAGAGGGCGGCGUGUCUCCCUAUGGCGCUGGUGCAUGGGAGUUCAAGCACCCCGACUUCAAGGCCAACAACAAGGACGCCCUGGACAACAUUCGAAGAAAAGCCCCUGCGCCGCGCAAGCCCAAUGCCAUGAUGGAUGAAAUGAUGCCCACCCAGCAAAUGGAUCUUUUUAAUACACAACUUGUCGCAACACAACAGCAAUUGCAACAAUUGCAAGAACGCUACAACGAACUCAGCAUGCACCACUCGAUGCUUUUGCAGGAACUCAUCGGCGUCCAAAAGACAGUUGUCAACCACGAGCAUGUCAUGCAAUAUGUCAUGAACUUCCUGCAGUCGGUCGAUGGUCAACGACGAAGAGAAAGUCGCACGACCAAUCCCUUUGCGCCUCCGGCUACUGGUGCCCCCAACGGCAAGCAACUCCCUCCUGCACCAAUUCCAGAAGAUGAGCCUGCAUCGCCGCUGCAGCAUGCCGCGAAACUGCUCUCAGAGACCAACGCCGACCAUAUGCUGAACACUCGUAACCUCGAACACAUGAACGAAAUGUCUUUGAGAAUGAACUCGGCCCUUACCACACCUCCUCCGGAUCUGGCGCUCCGAACCGGUGCCAGAGUGGCUAGAGGUGGUCCCCAGGGUCCUCACUCCGCUGCCUCGUCCACAUCCAUGUCAUAUGGUGAACUCGACAACCUUGUGUAUCCCGUCGGUCAAACGAAUGGCAUCGAUCCCAUGUUCAGCGAACACAUCCACAAUAUUCCUUAUGCAAUGCCAACAAAGGCUCCCGAGCCUGCGCCUGCACCUCCUGUCGCUGAUGGAAGGAAGAAGAGCAUGCAAUAUGACCCUGGCUGGGUUAGACAACCUCAAGUGCUGCUUGUUGAAGAUGAUCAGACCUGCAGAAGAAUAGGCGGCAAGUUCUUGUACGCUUUCCACUGCGCUGUCGAUAGUGCUCUUGAUGGUCUGGAAGCAGUCAACAAGAUGAACGCUGGCGCAAAGUACGAUCUCGUACUGAUGGAUAUUAUCAUGCCUAACCUUGAUGGCGUUUCGGCUUGCCAUUUGAUCAGACAGUUUGACAACACCCCAAUCAUUGCCAUGACUUCCAAUAUCCGCAGUGAUGACAUUGCAAUGUACUUCCAACAUGGUAUGUACUCUGUCAAUAGGCUGCCACUGGCUGUUGUGCUAACUCUGCUGCAGNGCAUGAACGAUGUGCUUCCGAAGCCCUUCACAAAGGAAGGUUUGCUAAGCAUGCUGGAAAAGCACCUCGGUCACCUCAAGAAGUCACCUUCACAGAUUGAUGGCGUCCCCGCGGGGCCACCCCCACCUCCUCUUGUCCAGGUAGCCGCAAAGAACGCACUGAAGGCUGAAGAGUCGCCUGCUACCUCACCAGCUACGAUCAGCAACUGGACAUCACCCGGAACCGGUCUAGGCAUGUCACCAGCGGCUAGCGAUGCUGCUGGAACCGAAUACAGCAUGGGAGUAGCCGGUCACCCAUCGGCCCCUUAUCACAUGCAGGCCGGUAUGCCUCCUCCUAGUAUGCCUUCACAGAUCAGUUAUGGUGGCUCGCCUCGUGGUAUGCCGCCGGGUCUCGGACCUCAACCCGGUGGUCCACACAGACGUCAAAUAUCCGACAUUUCGGGCGGGCCCGGCGACGUUGGAGGCGAUGCUAAGAGGCAGCAAAUGUUUGGUGCUGGAUCAAUGCCACCACACAUGGGACCAGGUGUACCAAUGGGACAAUCGCUUCAAAACCCACUCAACCCCAUGCACAGAAGACCGGGUUGA